AGAGGCCGUGGCCGUGGGAACAAUGGCUACGGUGGUGGUGGUGGGUACGGUGGCCGAGGUGACGGCUAUGAUGGAUUUGGCUAUGACAGAAGUGGUUUUGGAGGUGGGGGAGGCUAUGGCGAUUUUGGCGGCUACAACCGUCACUCUUCCGGCUUCGGACCCAUGAAAGGAAACAUUGGAGGCCGGAGCUCUGGCCCCUAUGGUGCUGGAGGUCGGUACUUUGGCAAAGUACGAAGCCAGGGUGGCCGUGGCCGUGGCCGAAGCGCUGACAGAAGAGUCUGAUGCCUCACCAGGAGAAAGCUGAGCCAGAGAGGAGAGCCUAGAAAGUGAUGGGAAAGCUACAGGUUCUAAUGUAUUUGUGAGCUCAGCCAAAUACAGGACCUGUGAGGAUGUGUUUGAGGCAGUUCUCUUGUGUAUGGGCAAAAGUGACUAAUUGUGUCACAAGUUAUUUUCAUUC